CUCAUCUUCCCACUAUAUGCUUUUGUACCUUCCUAGAAGUUGUUAACAUUUUCCAUCAUAUAUAUAUAUAGCCUCUCAAUAGUCACAGACAAUGCUACAUAUAACAUUUAAUCCAUCAAAAGGUCCUUGUUAAAGGAUUCCAACUUUUCCCAAUACUCAAAUCUAAGCUAUUACAAUUAUUAUUGACUUUCUUUAAGCUCCAGGAGAAUGGAAAAAGGUCAGAACAUAACGAAAGCAACAACCGAGUAUCAAGAUCUCUUACCGGUGAUGGCUGACAAGCUUGAUGUUGAGACUUUCAUAACAGAGCUCUGUGGUGGGUUUCGGCUGUUGGCGGACCCUGAGAAAGGGAUGAUAACAUCCGAGAGCUUGAUGAGGAACUCGGCCUUUCUUGGGAUGGAGGGGAUGAGUAGGGAGGAUGCAGCAGCCAUGGUGAGAGAAGGAGAUCUUGAUGGGGAUGGAAUGCUCAAUGAUAAAGAAUUUUGCAUUCUUAUGGUGAGACUCAGCCCUGGGAUGAUGGAAGAUGCCGAAAUGUGGCUUGAGAAAGCAAUUGAAGAAGAGCUACGACCAUCAUUCAAUUAGUUUAUUCUUGUGUAGGUAACUUUGUAUUAUGAUCAUGUAUAACUGUUUUUGAUGAAAUGUCAAUCAAAAACUUGCAAAGCU